AAGAAACGGUCGGUCACGAGUCUGCUGUAUGUGUGUAUACGUGAGAGGAUGGUUGGAUGCUGCAGCUCGUGAUCCCCCUGUAGCUGAUGCUGAUUAUGAUGCAGCAGGAAGAGGGAUGAUGACAUCAUGGUGCGGCGGUGGCCCUGCCCCUCUGCACGUACACCUCUGGGUGCUGUGGCAACGUGCUGGACGUGCCGGCCGGCUGAAGGGAAGCGAGCGUGUGCUGCUGGGAGGAGAGCGGCAGGUUAUCAUGCAGAUGCAGCUUCUCUCUCUCUCUCACUCCCUCCCUUUCCCCUGCUGCUGCUGCUGCUGCUGUAGGAGAAGCCCCCUCCUCCUCCUCCUCCUCCUCCUCGUCCUCUCACCCACCCCUCCCCUUCUUCCUCUCCCUCAUGUCCCCAGCUCGGCCAAUCAGAGUCCUGAGUGGGGGCAGGGCAAAGCAGAAACCACCAUUCCAGUGCUGAGCUGCUGCAUCUCCCCAGAGCUAACAGGGGGCUAGCAGCACAGAGGGAGGAGACACGCUCAGACCCAGCCUCUGUGUGUGUUGUGUGUGUGUGUGACCGUGUUAAGUGUGUGUGUGAGGCUGUGAGUGUGUGCCUGUCGCAGACGAGCAGGCAGGAACACUACAGCACUCUUGUUUCAGCACACUUUUUUCCCUUUAACCUUGCUCUGCCUCAGCGUCUGAGCUCGGGCUGUGCUCCCAGCUUCACUCCAGGAAAAAGAGGGAUCAGUGUGGGGGGAACAGGAGACAACACAAGGCAGCUUUUCCUCUCCUUUUCCUUCCUUCCUUUCACUCUCAGACCACCUCGUACUCUGCUGACAGCUCCCGGCAGGCGGACGUGCAGGCAGGCAGGAUGAUAGCUGCUCAGCUUCUGGCCUACUACUUCACUGAGUUGAAGGAUGAUCAACUCAAGAAGAUCGAUAAGUACCUGUACUCCAUGCGAUACUCCGACGAGACGCUGAAGGAUGUCAUGAACCGGUUCCGCAGGGACAUGGAGUACGGGCUGGGCCGGGACACCAACCCCACCGCCACCACCAAGAUGCUGCCCACCUUCGUCAGGUCCAUCCCCGACGGAUCAGAAAAGGGGGACUUCAUUGCUCUGGACCUUGGGGGGUCAAACUUUCGGAUCCUGCGUGUCAAAGUGACGCGGGACAAGAGGCAACCGGUUCAGAUGGAGAGCCAGGUUUAUGAGACACCUGAUGACAUCAUCCAUGGCAGCGGAUCACGGCUCUUCGACCACGUUGCAGAUUGCCUGGGUGACUUCAUGGAGAAGCAGAAAAUCAAGGAUAAAAAGCUCCCAGUGGGAUUUACGUUCUCCUUUCCCUGUGCCCAGACCAAACUAGACGAGGCGGUCUUAGUGACAUGGACAAAGAAGUUUAAAGCCAGCGGUGUAGAAGGGAUGGAUGUCGUGAAGCUGCUCAACAGGGCGAUAAAGAAACGAGGGGAUUAUGAAGCGGACAUCAUGGCGGUGGUGAAUGACACAGUUGGCACUAUGAUGACCUGCGGAUUCGAUGAUCAGCGCUGCGAAGUCGGCAUCAUUAUCGGUACAGGAACAAACGCCUGCUACAUGGAGGAGCUGCGUCACAUCGACAUGGUGGAGGGAGACGAAGGCCGGAUGUGCAUCAACACCGAGUGGGGGGCUUUUGGGGAUGACGGGUCCCUGGAGGACCUCCGCACAGAGUUUGACCGUGAGAUCGACAGAGGUUCUAUCAACCCAGGAAAGCAGCUGUUUGAAAAGAUGGCCAGCGGGAUGUACAUGGGGGAGCUGGUUCGACUGAUCCUGGUGAAGAUGGCCAAAGAGGGACUGCUGUUCGAGGGACGGAUCACCCCUGAGCUCCUGACCAAAGGAAAGAUCGAGACGAAGCAUGUCUCUGCCAUCGAAAAGACUAAAGAAGGACUGAAGAAGUGCAUGGAGAUCCUGACGAGGCUCGGGGUGGAGCCGUCAGAGGAGGACUGUCUGGCCGUGCAGCACGUGUGCACCAUCGUAUCGUUCCGAUCGGCGAACCUGAUCGCCUCCACGCUCGGAGGAAUCCUCGGCCGCCUAAAGGAAAACAAAGGAGUCGCACGCCUCCGCACCACCGUGGGCAUCGAUGGGUCUCUGUACAAGAUGCACCCACAAUAUGCCCGUCGUCUGCACAAGACAGUGCGCCGCUUGGUCCCCGACUCAGAUGUCCGCUUCCUGCUGUCAGAGAGUGGGAGUGCGAAAGGCGCCGCCAUGGUGACAGCAGUGGCGUACCGUCUGACGGAGCAGGCGCGCCAGAUUCAGCAGACUAUGGCCGAGUUCCGGCUGAGCAAGGCGCAGCUGUUAGAAGUGAAGAAACGCAUGAGGGUGGAGAUCGAGAGGGGCCUCAAGAAGGACAGCCACAAGGAGGCGACCGUCAAAAUGCUGCCCACCUUUGUGAGGAGUACACCGGACGGAUCAGAGAAUGGAGAUUUCCUCGCUCUGGACCUCGGAGGGACGAACUUCCGUGUGCUUCUGGUAAAGAUCCGCAGUGGGAAGAGGCGGUCGGUGGAGAUGCAUAACAAAAUCUACGCCAUUCCCAUCGAGGUCAUGCAGGGCACGGGAGAGGAGCUCUUUGACCACAUCGUGCAUUGCAUCUCCGACUUCCUGGACUACAUGGGGAUGAAGAGCGCUCGACUGCCGCUGGGUUUCACCUUCUCCUUCCCCUGCCAUCAGACCAGCUUGGACGCAGGUAUCCUCGUAACCUGGACCAAAGGCUUCAAGGCCACAGACUGUGAGGGCGAGGACGUGGUCGAGCUGCUGCGGGAUGCUAUCAAGAGGAAAGAGGAGUUUGAGCUUGAUGUGGUCGCCAUCGUGAACGACACGGUGGGGACGAUGAUGACCUGUGCGUAUGAGGAGCCUACCUGUGAGGUCGGACUCAUUGCAGGAACGGGAAGCAACGCCUGUUACAUGGAGGAGGCGAAAAACAUUGAGAUAGUGGAAGGAAACGACGGCCGCAUGUGCGUUAAUAUGGAGUGGGGAGCGUUCGGAGACAAUGGCUGCCUGGACGACAUCAGGACACAGUACGACCAGGCGGUGGAUGAGAACUCGCUCAACGAAGGCAAACAAAGAUAUGAGAAGAUGUGCAGCGGUAUGUACCUCGGAGAGAUCGUCAGGCAGAUCCUGAUCGAUCUGACCAAGCGUGGCUUCCUCUUCCGGGGACAGAUCUCAGAGACGCUGAAGACCAGAGGCAUCUUUGAGACAAAGUUCCUGUCACAGAUUGAGAGCGAUCGUCUGGCGCUGCUGCAGGUCAGGGCGAUCCUGCAGCAGCUGGGGCUCGACAGCACCUGUGAUGACAGUAUUAUCGUCAAGGAGGUGUGCGGCACGGUGUCCCGCCGCGCGGCUCAGAUCUGCGGUGCCGGGAUGGCUGCUGUGGUGGACAAGAUCCGUGAGAACAGGGGAUUAGACCACCUGGAUAUCACGGUGGGCGUGGACGGCACGCUCUACAAGCUGCACCCACACUUCUCCCGCAUCUUCCAGCAGACCGUGAAGGAACUCUCCCCCAAAUGUGACGUGAACUUCCUGCUAUCCGAGGACGGCAGCGGAAAAGGGGCCGCCCUGAUCACCGCCGUGGGCUGCCGUCAGAGAGAGCUGGAGGCGCAGCAGCAGCACUGAGGAGCUCCACCCCACCCCAUCUGUCCUCCAGAACAACCUGCUGCUCCACGUGUCCUUCACCCGCCGCACUGCCCGACUCCACCCCACCACUUGGCAGCCGUGACUCCACCUCUGCCCCACCUGGCCCCCCCCCCUCCCCUCCCGCCGCCCCCCUACACAGCCAGAGAGACAUACUGCAUGCCUAGGGAAUUAACACCUACAUAUUUAUUUAUACUGCACCAGAGGGUUUAUUAUUUCCAUGUUUGUACAUUUCCUCGAUAGCUUGUCGAUAAUCUGAUAAAACUAAACUCCUUAGCUGUGCAAUAUUUGUGUAUUGCCAAUUUUAUUUUUAUAUGGAGGCAAAUAUAUUAUUGUAUUUAUAUAACAGAGGCCACUUUGAACCCCUGAGGUCAUUAGGAUUUUGCAACACACACACACACACACACACACACAAGAUAAACAGGCACUUUUUAUAUGAGAGUUACAACUUAAGCAUUUAAAUGUAACUUCCAAAUGAAGGAAACCAUUUUUAGAGACUGGUUCAGAAAACCAGCUCCAGAAGGGCUCGCUGCAAAGGGUUGAACGCAAGAGUCACGGCUGUUAAAGUCACCCUCAUUUCCUGUGCAACAUGCUCACGCAGUGUGCUUCGCUACUAACCUCCUUUUUGUGUAUAACUAUCAGUGUAACCCACAUAAUAAAGUAUUCCAGCAGCACCAUCCCAUUUACUCCCGAAGAGCCGAGAGCGUAGAAAAAGGCCCGAAGAAGUGGAAGUGUUAGCGUAUCCUGUUGCUAUUUGUGAACUACUAUACUUUUGGUGUUGUGAUGAAUCCCACUUCUACUCAUUGUACGUGCAAAGAAUAAAUGUUUAAUGGGCCCCCAGAAAGGAGUGGAUACUACGAGCGCUUUUGUUUGUGUGUAUUUGUGGUUGUGUGUCCUACUGUAUCGACCUGUAGCUUUCAAUGUCCAACGCUCUGUGCAGACUGCAUGCCUUACAUUAAGACAACGGAGAGCACUGGAUCUUUUUCUUUUUUGUUUCCUCUCUUUUUUUUUUUUUUUUUACAUCAAUAUAGAUUUGUGAUCGACACAGUGAAAGUGAAUUCAUUAAAUUAUAUUUUGUUGUGGAG